AUUCACCGACGCUGAUUGUGGUUCACGUCAUUCACCAGAUGUGUCUAUACUAACCAUUUCCUGGUUCCUGAUCUCGCUCCUGCAGCUUUUAUCAUACCACCUGAAUCUUAACGAGCGCCGUCUAGCAAGCCGAUCGUACUCUACCAUCACCUGGCGUGUUCAUACGAGUUGGUCGUACAAUCCUCGCAAUCUCAAAGAUCAAUCUACUCCAAAGACAGUUUCCAGCUACUUUUGUAGACAACUUCCGAUGAACGAGAACGACAUAGCAGUGUUGCAACUCAACAAAGACGUUAUCGCGGACGCCAUCACCAUGACCAACAUCGAGCGUUUCCUACAUUUUUUACAGCACGCCAAGUCGUUGGUAGGGCUAUAUGGACCUUAUAGCAAGCAACCCAAUACAACGGUUUUCGCGCGCGAUGUGAGGCCGCCUCAGCAUCCGAAACCUCAAGAUCCAUCGCUCAACACUCUCGCCCUCUCCUUCGCAGCAACACAAGAUUGCACAUACAGCGCCCAACCCGCUGGGUCAGGGAAAGAAGACCUAGACCUCUUCACACUCCUGUGGGAUUGUGCAGUCGUGGUCCUUGAGGAGAUACUCGCUAGAGGUUCUCUUCCACAAGAGUCUUUCGGCUGGGGUAUCUUUGGUCUUUCCGCUGGCUACAUGCAUCCGCCUGCCCGCGAUCUCACCGCACAAAACGUCUUUCUGAGCAAUAAGCGCCGACUUCAUGACGCGCUGAAUGUGUUGCCUUCUUUAAAUCGAGAGACGAGCAGCGAGUAUGUGGUAGGCGAGAAGAAGACUACGGCUUUGCUCACACGGGCUCGAAGGGAUAUACACACACUAGGGCAUAUCUUGUUACACGAGUACAAGCUCAGUAGCUGGAGGCGAGUGAGGUGGCUACAUACGAUCGCAGUUGCGGAGAGGUGGGUUGGCGCUUUCGGACUGAAACCGAUGAGAGAGCUAGGCGUGUUGACAAAGAGGACGAAAGAGGUGGUUUGUGAGGCAACGAAACCGCCAGGGAAGAGGGUGGUAAAUAAUAAUGUGAGGUUCGAAUUUCCUGAUGUUAGCGCCCAGGAUUCACAGGGCGUCAUGGAUGAAAGGCCAGAGCGAGAGAGGGAUUAACCCAUCUAUACUGAUAUCCGACAAUGACUUUCUACUGAUAGUAGUAUCCUUCCACUCUCUAUCAGCGUAGUGCGGUCUCCAUCACCAGAUCAGAAGCGCGAAUGUCUAUAUAGAUAAGUAAACAGCUUGAGAAGGCUAGGACUUUGCUUACUCGCUCAAGAUGUCUUACGUGUGGUCUUCAGCGAAUGGCAACGCGGUCCUUCCGGACCUAUACCAGAGGCGGCUAGUAGCAGCGAUCUACAAUCACGACAUACCACCCCUCGAUUUCGUGUACAACCAGACCUCAUAAGCCCUUGCAACA